AGCUCCACUUCCUCAAACCUUCAGCUGUGUCACGCACCGUCCAGUCUGCACCGCACGCGCUCACUCAGCAACACGUCCUCCGGGAAACCAGACCGAGCUUCAGCCCCGGUGUGUGUGCGUGCGUGUGCGUGUGAGAGUGUGUGAGAGAGAGUGCGCUGCAGCGGGCCCGGUGCCGGUGCUGGAGGUCUAAUGGCAGGUGUGAGGAGCGGAUCAGGAGCGAGCACGAGACACCUGGCAGCCGUCACUGUCCUCGCGCUGCUGCUGCUGCUGCUCACCUGCGGCGUCAGGUCCCACAGCCCCAAAGCCAGCAACAUCAUCCUCAUCCUCAGCGAUGACCAGGACGUGCGUCUGGGCGGGAUGACGCCCAUGAAGAAAACUAAAGCCUUAAUAGGAGACGCAGGAGCAACUUUUGUGAAUGCUUUCACAGUCACGCCGCUGUGCUGCCCCAGCAGGAGCAGCAUCCUGACAGGUCAGUACCCCCACAACCACGAGGUGAGGAACAACUCGCUGUCUGGGAACUGCUCUAGCGUUCUGUGGCAGAAAGGCCCCGAGUCCACGGCCUUCCCCUUCCACCUCAGCAAACAACAGUACCAGACGUUCUUCGCUGGGAAGUACCUGAACCAGUACGGUAAGAAAGAUGCAGCAGAGGUUGGCCAUAUUCCACCUGGCUGGGACCAGUGGCACGCACUGGUGGGGAACUCACUGUACUACAACUACACACUGUCAGUCAACGGCAAAGAGGAAAAGCACGGAGACAGUUAUGAGAAGGACUACCUCACAGACCUCAUAGCCAACCGGUCCCUGUCCUUCCUGGACAACAGGAGCCCCCAGCAUCCCUUCUUCUUGAUGCUGUCCCCUCCAGCUCCUCACUCCCCCUGGACAGCAGCACCGCAGUACCAGAAAGAGUUCAGCAACGUCAAAGCCCCUCGAGACGGGAGCUUUGACAAACCAGGGAAGGACAAACACUGGCUGCUGCGUCAGCCUGUUAACCCCAUGCCAAACAGCUCCCUCAACUUCCUGGACAGUGCUUACAGGAAAAGGUGGCAGACCCUGUUAUCUGUGGACGACAUGGUGGAGCUACUGGUCAAGAAACUGGAGAGUAUAAAGGAGCUGAACAACACCUACAUCUUCUACACGUCAGAUAAUGGCUACCACACAGGUCAGUUCUCUCUGCCCAUUGAUAAAAGGCAGCUGUAUGAAUUUGACAUCAGGGUUCCGCUCAUGGUCCGAGGUCCUGGCAUCAAACCAAACCAGAUGUUGCAGGCUCCAGUGCUGAAUAUCGACCUGGCUCCAACCAUACUGGACAUAUCUGGUGUCAACCUGUCCUCUGUCAAUGUGGAUGGGCAGUCUUUCCUCUCUCAGAUGGCCCCGUCACUGCGUAAUGGCACUGCACGUCCCUUUUUCCUUGUUGAAUACACCGGAGAGGGACAUCCAACGCCGGAUCCUGCUUGUCCUAAACUGGGCCCUGGACUGUCUCAAUGUUUCCCAGACUGCGUGUGCGAAGACGCCUACAACAACACCUACGCCUGCGUCAGGACCCUCGCCAAAGACCAGGACCUACAGUACUGCGAGUUUGCAGACAGCGAGUCGUUUGUAGAAGUGUACAACCUGACGUCAGACCCCCACCAGCUGGAGAACAUUGUGAAGAAGGUGGACCCGGCCAUCCUGCAGGCGAUGAACCAGCGGCUCAUAAAGCUCCAGUCCUGUCAGGGCGACAGCUGCAGGAAUGUCAAGUGAAGAGGAGGCAACAGGAAGCUGCCAAACACAGACUGCUUCAUGCUCUCAGUGGAGGAUGCGGUUGGUUUAUCUGACUGUUUAGUCUGAUUAGGGCAACUUUUACCACAGGUGUGAUCGUUGGAGGCGUUUUCUUAACCAUGUUUUCCAUUUUGACCAGUCUCAGAAAGAAAAGCACAGGUGUGAAAUCAUAAAAUUACCGAUGGCUGGAUUCUGUUUGGCUGCUUCAGUUUCUGGGUCCUGGUGUUGUGCAUGCUGGUUCACUGUCACACUGUCACGGUUUACUGAGACACUUGAGUAGAAAAGAGCCACGGUUAAAGUUCAGUUUUGGGAAAUACACUUUCUCCUGCAGAGAAGUAGACAUUCAGAUCGAUACCACUCAUGUCUGUGCGGGAAAUAUUAAAGGGAUUGUUGAUAUUUGUGGGGUGGGGUUGUAUUAGGUACUCUAAAGUCAGUGUAUUACCUACAGUAGAUGUCAGUUGUGAUGUCCCCAGCUUGGAGAAGCAGCCUAGAGUCUGACAUGGACGCUAAGUAAUGUUCUGCUGUGGACGAGGGCGGCAACAAAAUGUCAGCCACCUUAAAAAAAUCUGUACAAUUUAAGUGUGCACCAUAUCGAGAGUAUUUUCUUUACCUUAUCGUUAGUGAAGAAGCCAUUAGCGGCUCCAGUUCUCCAUCUAUGCUCUCGCCAAAGCCACCAGACUCCAUUGACAAAAAUAGUCAUUUUAGCGUGCUGAACACAGGAGCUGCUGGUCAGUCAGUUAGUUAGUUUGUGUUAUUGUGUGGUGAAUCUGAACUACCUGGCUGACGGGGGCAGCAGCUCCUGUGUUCAGCAGUGUUAAAUCACUAUUUUUCUCAAUGGAGUCUGGUUCUGCGCAGAGUGAUUUAACGGCUUAAUUUUCCCAUAGGAGCAGCGAAAACAUCCCAAAUAUAGCGCACUUAAACUGAUAUUGAUUAUUUUAGGUUGGACUUUUUUAGGUAGCUAAAAUAUGUUUUGUUGCCGCUCUCGUCCACGGCAGUUCAUGGCUUAGAUUCCGUGUCAGACUCCAGGAUGCUUCUCCAAACUGAAGGCGUAUCGACUGACAUCUACUGUAUGUAGCACACUGUCUGCCUCAUACAACCCAACUUCAAAAAAUCUGAACUGUCCCUUUAAGCUACAGUCAGCAAAUGGUUAGCUUAGCUUUGCAUAAAGACUGGAAACAUGGAGAAACAGGCAACCUGGCUCCGUGCAACAGCGACAAAAUGUUCCUACCGCCACCUCUGAAGCUAAUGAAGGUGUAAAAACAACACAUGAACAUUAUACAUGGAGUCAUGUGCUGCACUUUUUCUUGCUCUGAAAAGACGAAAUAGUUACUUUUAAUUUUACAUGUUUUAGCACGGACUCCUCACCAGAAAGCAAAUUUCCCAAAAUGUCGAACUCUUCCAUUAAUGUUAUGACUGCUGUUAAACUUCAAUCAGAAGCCUGGUCCUAAUUAAACUCCCAGUCGCUUUUACUAGCCUGGUGAGGCUACACAUUUUGACGAGUAAAGGCCUGUCUCAAUUAGAGGCCUGGGGUCUCAUUUAUAAACGUUGCGUACACAAAACAAGGCCUGACUGAGGCGUACGCCACUUCUCAUGCAAAAGUUGUGAUCUGUAAAAAAAGACUUGAUGGGAGAAAUUCUGACCCAUGCUUACGAACAUUUGGAGACAGGAUAUUGGCGACGCAGGUGGUGAGGUGGAAGCCCGACUGGAGAAACUGUUCAACAUUUUUUUGUGCAUGCCAUUUUUUGGCUUUUGUCCAUAUGUACUUUUUUUAGUGUGGAUCCUACACACUGUUUUAUAAAUGAGACCCCUGGUCUAGAAGUUCUCCAGAUGAAAUUAUGUGUCCAUUCCUGGAUUACCCUCUAAAUUAUUCAUGUUCUGUUAGUCAUUCCUUUAGAGUGUUGUAACUCACUCUCUCUGACGGUCGGUCUGUAGGAUUCAUAAUUGAUAUAUUAUCUGCAGCCUAACUUUCAUACAGGUAUUAUUCAUAGUCGUUACGGUAUUUCCUGAUCUUUGCUGAGCAACAGAUUUGUGUGAAAGAAAUUAAAGACCUGUCCCAAAUAUAGCCCGGGCUACUAAUUGAAGCUUUACAAUAGUAACACCUGUGCUUUUCUUAUGAUGACAAGUCAAAAUAUCUGCUGUGAAAAUUGUCUGGGUUUAUUUUCUGAGCUGUGCUCGCGUAUCGUUGUGUCAAGACCUAAUUUUAUUUUCUUUAAGAUGAACUCCUCGUCCAGUUCAUACAGAGAGCUGCAGGAAUGAGUCCUAGAACCUGGAAAUGAGUUAGCAUUUUAGCACUCCCUGUUCCCUGGUCCUGAAGUCAGUGGGGUUUUGAUGCCUGAAACAGGGUCUGUGGUGAACACAAGCUUUAGAGACUUUUAUGUUUUGUUCUGCGAGAUAAAAUAUGUCAGUAAACGCCCCACUGUGAACUCUAAAGCUUUUACCCGUCUGAAAACAGGUGUUUGCUGACAAGUGCCUCAAUGAGAUAACAGAGGUUGUUGAGGUACUACUUGAGAUCGGUCUCUGCCUCAAGACCGCUUUUUGAAGGUCUCUGUCUCGUCUCAGACUCAGCUGUAUUUUUACUCGGUCUAGUUUUGGUCUCAGACAAGAAGGACUCAGACUUUUAUGUCAAGAUUCGUCAGGACCACAACUGAGGGAAUCUCAACUAACUGGCAAAAUAGAAAAGUUGAAUGAAGAUGGUUAAAAUUAUUUGGGCUUCUUAGUAUUUGUUUGUAGUUGUUUACUCAUAGAAAACAAAGGAAAUUCUCUCACGCUGAAUUCACCUCUGCAGUGCCUUCUGAUGAUUUUAUCAAGAGGUGAAUGAAGACGAAUCAUGGUUUUUAGUGUCCAUGGUUGCGCAUGCAUGUUGCACAUUUUAUUUUUAGUGUGUCAUGCAUUGUGGGAGUGGCCCUGGUCUGGUCUUGACUCUGUCUGAUCCCUACAAAGUCUUGAUACACUUUGCUCUCUCGGUUUAGGUGGUUUUGACUACAAUGCUGUUGGCCGAACAACAAAAAGUCGUGCGAGUUUGUUUAUAGCUUAAUGUUGUAUUUUUACUUGGGCAACUGCAUUUAGGCAAAAAUCAUAAAAGUCGUUAUCACUUGUGAAAAUUAUCUUGCUAAACAAAAUGUGUAAGAGUAUUUUUGGCAAUAAUCCAAAAUCCAGUGGAAAAUCCCAUCAGCUGUUUGAUGAGGGAACCAGGGCGACGUUAGAUUCCAGGUUGGCCGACAGAAAAACUUCGUCCCUGCAGCACUCUGUUGUGGAGAUCUACCGUUCUGUCAGUCAGUCCAUGUUGUGAUGUGUCUUUGCAUAUAAACUGCACUAUUAACUUUUAUUCUUUACAGGGUUCAAAAUGCAUCUGAACAUUUUUGUUGUUAAACGAUACACAACCAAAGGUUUGAUGGUACACUGUCGCUGUCACUAAUCCAGUCAGCUCUAAAGGAAGGGUUUGACAUUUUGCGAGUUAGCAAAGAAGACGGAUGCUGAAAAAGAUGCUUGUAAAAAAAACAAUAAUUCACAACUUUCUGGAGGCUCAUGGUAUUAUUAUUAUUAUUUAAUCAUAGUUGUGUACAGAUGAAACAGAAAGAUACAGCAAGUGAUAGUUGGCUUUAGAGGUGCUGCAAGUUGCAUUUUCUUUUAAUCUAAUUCCUAAAUGUCAAACUCUACCUUUACCUGUGUAGAGUGCAGCUCUAUUCUCUUAAGUGUUGUUGAACUCAUUUUCAUACAUACACAUUUAUCUCUGCAGCACGUCUAAUGAAGAAGUCCAGACAUUGAGUCGUUGUUGAAAGGACACAGUCUAGUUAUUGCUCCUUAAGACUCUGUGCCUCAGAUUUAAAGACCUUUUUUAAAAUUUUAAUCCUGAUGUUUGGUUAUUAAAAUAUUUUACGCUGAGUAUUAAUGAUAGCAUGUAAGAACAGUCUUUUUAAAGUGGAAGAUGGAGAAAGUGCUGUGAUACUUCUGAGAUGUGUGUUGAUGAUUUUGUUAUUGUGAGUAAUUCAGGGGGAAAAUUUCACCUGCUAACUUUUGAAAUGAACGAUAUAUUCCUGCGGGCCUCGAGUUUGCACUGACGAGGCUCACGUGCCUUAAAUGUGAAUGUAUUUGCACUGUGAUAAAAUUAAAAAUAAAUCAAAAGAAGCAUUUA